AUGGCGCGCAACCCCACCCCCAUGUUUAAGUUACUCAUACUGGGGGACAGUGGCGUCGGAAAGUCUUCGCUGAUGCUACGAUUUGCCGACAACGAUUUUUUGCCAUCUUUCCUCACAACGGUUGGAGUUGACCUGAAAAUACAAAAUAUGAUGAUCGACGGGACACGUGUAAAGGUGCAAAUCUGGGAUACGGCCGGACAGGAACGUUUUCGGACCAUCACCAACACCUACUAUAGGGGAGCUCACGGAGUGAUUAUCGUAUACGAUGUGACCAACGGAGAAUCCUUUACGAACGUCAAGCGGUGGAUACACGAAAUCGACUCCAACUGUGAUGCCGUCUGCAUGGUACUGGUAGGCAACAAAAAUGAUCAACUAGGGCAAAAGGUAGUCCUAACUGAGGAUGCUAAGCGAUUUUCUGAUCAAAUGAAAAUUAAGCUAUUCGAGACAUCUGCCAAAGAAAAUAUUAAUAUUGAAGAAAUGUUUUUUGAUAUAACAAAACAAGUACUGAUGCAGAAGAAGCGAAUGUUACAGGGAUCAACAGCAGAUGCAGCUUCUGUUAAGCUGGAAGAACCUAAGACAAGGACGAAAAAGAAUAAGUGUUGUUAA